UAAAAAUAAAUAGGUUAAAAAAGAGGCAAUUCACAAAAUACCUCAGUAGAUUUUGGGAGAGUUUCACACACAUUUGAAAGAUACUGAAGUCAAUAAAGAAGCUCUGUCAAUACAGCUCGAUAUUGUAGUUCUGUGUACCGGGGCUAUACUUCCUCCCAGCCGGUAGAUGGAAAUGCUGCCUCGUUUCAACUACUUGAGUUUUGAAGAGAUUCUUCACGCGUAUUUUGCUGGCAUGCACACAAACAGCUCUUCUCGUGUUUUACGUUGCGACCAAAUUUCACAUUGAACAUUUAAAGAUCUCUGGUCUACAGCAACAACUCGUUCGCGUGCAACAGUCAAACCAAAUACUUUAACCAUGUCGACAGUCUUCUCUUUCCAGACACAGCUCGUCUCCAUCAUGGACGCGUUAUCCAAAACAACUGUAAUGGAAAUAAGCAAACUGGUCGAGAUCGAGUCGAAGAUGCUGAAAAUUGAGAUUACUCGAGGGCGGAACGAAAUCUCCUCGCUCACAGAGAAACUGCAGCUGAUGGAGAAAUUGCUUUAUAUCGCGCAGGGCAGCAGACAGGACGCAGCAGUAUGCGCAGUGGUGAGGGACGGUUCAGAGGAAGGCAUUGUGGAGCCUGACAGGACAAGACCUGCCAUUAAAAGUGAAAGUCCAUGGGAAAGUUCCUCCACAGAGAUAAGCAGUUGGCAUCACCUUCAAGAGGAGGAGCAUGCCAUAGCGGAACUCCCAAACCAACUGAGAGAUCAGCCAGAACUGAUAGUGGUAAAAGAAGAGCCAUCAGAGGUGGACUGUGAACCUGAUGGGACAAGUGAAAAUAGAAGGGAAGAAUUCCAAGACACCCACAGGGGCUCAGAAGUGAUGCAGCGUACCAAACCCAUGGCAGAUCGUCUGCAGCCCCUGUUUACUGACAGCUUUGAGACUAUGCACAGUCAGCCGUCUCUCGCUGUACCAGGGAGGAGGGAAACACAGUGGAAUCCACAGCUUACACCUGCACACACAAACCCAGUUGCUGGGAAAAGCCUAGCCCAAAAUGUUGCCACUCAAAGCUUAAGUGUGCUCAGAAAUAUGAAGCUUCAACACUUGAGGAACUCAGCUGCUAAGAGGUUUGGAUGCUUGCAGUGCGGCAAGAACUUCAGAUGCUUUAGCCAGCUAGAAAUACACCAGAGAAGUCACACAGGUGAAAAACCGUUCAGGUGCACGCUGUGUGGAAAGAGAUACGCACAAAAAGGGCAUCUGUACACACACCAGCGCACACACACUGGGGAGAAGCCCUACCGCUGUCCUAUUUGCGGAAAAGGCUUUAUUCAGAAAUGCACUCUUGAUAUGCAUCAGCGUACACACACUGGAGAAAAACCUUUUGUUUGUAUGCAAUGUGGCAAGGGCUUUACAAAGAACUAUAAUCUGAAAAAACACCUUACAGUACAUCUAGACCCUAGUUUGAAUAUGUAUGGUAGUGAAUCUGGUGUACGGUACCAACAUAUGGGACAUUCAGAAUAUUGCAAACAGUUAGAAAUAUUCCCUCUCCCUAUCGACAUGAUGUGCGACACCACGAACCGGAGUUUUCGGGCGCAGUUAGCCGCUGUCCUGGACAAGCUAACGAAGACGGCUCUGGUGGAAAUAGGGAACCUGGCUGAUGAAUGCUCCUCUGUCCUUCACUCCGAGAUAUCCCUGCACAAAACGGAGAGCGAGGCUCUGAAGAAGAGGUGCUACUUGCUGGAGGUCCAACUGAGAGCAGCCAGGGAGGCACAGACCUUUUCUUCCCAUGUCAACAGCAGUGUUUCCCCUACCAUUGUCUUGGCGGGGCGCUGCGCCCUGCCAACGGAGCCCCGCGCUCCGCCUGGAAUUCAAGACCAGCAGCAUCUUGCUCCAGCCAUUGAUGGAGUUUAUGGAAAAGACUGGUGCAUGGAUCUGUGGAGAGAAGAAAAAGCCCUAAGUCAAAGAAAAGCAACAGUGGAGCCUGCUGCUAUGACAAGCAUGGGGCCCCUGGUAAUAGACUUAAUGGAGAGGGAACCUGAUCUGAUCUUCGUCAAAGAGGAGAUGUAUGAUGAUCAUCCCAUUGGCCAGCAGAUGAGGCUCACAGAUAACAGAAAAGUUGGUGGAAUCUUUGACGAGGACAGCAUUCUUCAUAGAUCUGUUGAUGAGCUGCAGCUUAACUCAGGGGAAUUAAGCAGCUACCCCAUGACAGCUGACAUUCAAACACAACAACGCCCACAGCCAACCAUUAUGGACAAGUUGAUAGAUGAUGCAACAAUGAGCAUAAUGGUUGACAACACAAGUUCUUCCUCAGCCACCGCCGAGUACUCAGACUUUUCAAACAAUAUCCUCAUGAAUGCCACCAAAGAACUUCCGCCCAAACCUGGGAGGCCAACGAAACAGUUUGAGUGCUUAUUCUGUGGGAAGAUCUUCAACUAUUUGAGCAGUUUGAAAGUCCACAUCCGGCGACACUCAGGUGAGAAGCCGUUCAGCUGCUCCGUUUGCGGGAAGCGGUUUGCUCAGAAAACGUACCUGAAACUGCACCAACGCGUGCACUCUGGGGAGAAGCCGUACAGCUGUCCCGACUGUGGCAAAAGUUUUUCCCAGAAAAGCUCUCUGAACAUACAUAUUCGAACACACACCGGCGAAAAACCUUACAGCUGUGUGGACUGUGGGAAAUGUUAUGCAUACAAGUAUGGUUUAAAUCACCACCAGUGUUUCAAUUAACCGAUCAAAUCACUUCUGCUAAAGUGCUCUCUGUCACGUUCAGUGGCUUAACCUGCCAACUUGAAAUUAAACUCAAAUGUAGAUGACAGAUUAAUAUUUAAAAAACUCCUAUCUAUAUCAAAUAAAGGCCAAUUUAAUAGCCUGUAUGGGAAAUGAUGCUGCUGAGAAAAUAGUAGUUUGUUUGAUGUAUUUUUAGAUUUAUUGCUAAGAGAAUUGCUGCAGAAUCCAAACCACAGAAGGCUGUCGUUACUAGUGUGCAAUUUAAAUGUUUUUUUGUUUUGUUUAUUUGAUGGCUUAGGGUUUUCAUUGUUAAAUAUGUUAUUCCCUUAACAAGGUUUUUAAUGUACACCCUAAAAUAAGAAAUAAUAUUUUUCGUAUUAAAGGUGGGGUAGGUAAGUUUGAGAAACCGGCUCGAGAUACACUUUUUGUUAUAUUCCAUGGAAUGCUCUUAACAUCCCGAUAGCAAUGAAUAUCUUAAGUGCUUUGACAAAAAAUCCACCCCACUCCAAAAUUACCUACCCCACCUUUAAUUGUAGUGAUUUUCUUAUUUAUCUAGAUUGUUUUUGUGCGAUUUUACCUACUCACACCAAAACAGUCUAGAUUGAUAAAUAGCACUACAGGAAAAGACUACAUUGUGAUUUGGGGUCAACUGUCCCUUUUUUAAAAGCCUAUUUCGCAUCAUGUUUGAUACGUCUCAGAUAAAACAUAUUUGCUACUUACAUUUAACGUGAGGUUCUUAUCCAAGCUAUGACAGAAAAUGCUUUAAUUUUUUACUCUGCAUGUUGGUUAAGAGUGGCAUUAUACAUACCUCAGUUCAUGCCACACAAGGCCUGGGUCAAAUAAUGCCAAAUUCAUACUUUGGACAAUUGCUCCAUUGUUUGCACACAUGUAGCAUAAACCUUCAAAACUACCUCUUCACAAUAAUGUAGAAGUAAUACAACUCCCUAUUUGCUUCACUGACUCACCCUUGCUUUAUAUCUCACAUCAUGCCUCAUUUACUAGUAUUGACCUGACUGAAAUGGUCUCUUUUAAAAACACUACUUGUGAAAUGUUGAUGUGUGUUCGUUACAUAAUGUUCUUGAGUUCUGGCUCAAAUGGUGUUACUGUUUUAAAUAAAUGUAUUUGUUGGGCUGCAGUAUGUUUACAGAAAGACAAAUGGUGUUGUCAGUCGA